GAUCUGUAGUUCGCUCAGACUGAGCUGUUCGUCAACGCAGAAGGAACAGAUACACGAAUGUCUGCUUGUUUUCUUUUAAUUUACCUCUUGUGUUAGGGUGUAUUAACGUUUAUUUUCUUUGUUUAGGUAAUUGUAUUCACGAUCAACUGAUUGUCCCCACUGUAAUUUACAUUUCUGGUUGUAUUUUUAGUGUUGUUUACCUUCUGAGGGAUUUUAGAGGAGCUAAGGCUAACGGCGUUAGCCUAGGUUUUCUGGUUAGCUCUUUGAAGCUAACGGGCAAUUUGUAGUGAAAUGGCGGCCAACACGGCUCAAGCGACCGCUGCAACCAACUGGUCCUACGGCCCUGCUGCAGAUGGCCAUGUUCAUGAAAAUCCAGAAUGGGAAAAAGCACGACAAGCACUUGCGUCAAUCAACAAGACUUCUAAGAAUUUACAAGAUAACAGAAACGCGGCCGAGGCAGGCCAGUUUCAGGCAGCAGUUGGUGACUCUGCUGCUCUUCAGCAGCAGCAGUACUAUCCGUGGUACCAGCAAACUCAGCAGCAUUAUCCUGGAUACACAUACCCCUACAACUACUACUACCCCAUGGGACCUGUGAGUACAGAGGAAAUAAAUUGCUCAUAUUCACCUAUCCCCCCUCUCCCCAAUUCCCAGUACGCCCCGCCUGCUUCGCAAAACUCUUACAGCAACAAUAGCAUGUCAUACCCGCCCAGUGAUCCCAACCAAAUGCAAGUGUACAAUCACUCCCAGGGCAGACCAAACUAUGGCCAGAGUUUCCAGGCCCCAAACUCCUACCAGCCUUCUCAGAAUAAUUCCCAGCAGCAACAGCUGCAGAGUCAGUACUCACCUGGGCUGGGCCGCGGAGAGGCCAAUAAAAACCAAAAACCAGGACAGCAGAUCUGGCACCGCAUGAAACAGGCACCAGGAACGGCACCGGUUAAAUUUAAUAUUUCCAAGAGGCCCUAUCAGGUUCAGUGUUCCCCAGUCUCCAGUCAGGCUUUCCAACCAGGUGAGCAGCCCACUGGGUUAAAUCAGGCUCCUUCCUCACCAGCUACUGCCAGCACUGCUCCCGGCGCGGCCCAGAUGAGGCCCCAGGACUGGCCCCAAGCGAUGAAAGAGUAUGUGCAACGCUGUUUCACUGCCUGCGAAACGGAGGAAGACAAAGAUCGUACCGAGAAGGUGUUAAAGGAAGUCCUCCAGGAGCGGCUGAAGGACGGUUCCGCCUACACAAUUGACUGGACCCGUGAGCCGUUACCAGAAUUAAAGGUAAAGCAGUCUCGUUGGGAAGCUGUUCCACCCCAGAGAACAUCAGAUAACUCCAUGAUGCGUGGAGGAAGUACAAUGGGGGCUGCUUCCAGGGGCAGAGGAAUAGCCCACAGGUUAGGUAACUACAGGAACAUUUUUUCUCAAAGGAGUCCGUCGUCUAGUUCAUCGCGAUCCUCCUCCCGCUCUCCUUCGCCGUCACACGGCCGACACAGAGACCGAAGCAACCAAAGACACAGGCGCAGUGAUUCUGGCUCCCAGUCAGACAGCAGCAUGUCCAGCGACCUGCAGCCUCAGCUGUCAAGACGCGGACAGAAAGGUGGACGCGGUCGCGGUAACGACAGAGACAGGGGACGUGGAGAGAGAGGCAGAGGAAGAGGAGGAAAGGCCAAUAGAGGAAGACGGAACAUGGAUGAUUCAAAUGCAACUGUUGGAAAAAAGAGGAAAGGGGGAAGCGCUGGAAUGGAUUUCCAUGACCCAAACAGGGAAGCUAAGAAGCAGAGCAGAGCAGCUCGUUUUCAGAAGCAGCUCCGCUCUGAGCCGCUGGUUCUCUCCAUCAACUCCCUGGAUCUGCCUGAUGGAACCCAGGAGAGCCUCAGCUGGGAGGACUGCCCCAUCGUGGGCUCAUGUCAGGACAUCACCAAGCCCUACCUGAGGCUCACCUGCGCCCCCGACCCUUCCACUGUCCGCCCCGUGCAGGUGCUCAGGAAGUCCCUGCUGGCUGUAAAGGCCCACUGGAAAACUAACCAGGACUACGCUUAUGCAUGUGAGCAGAUGAAGUCUAUACGACAGGACCUCACGGUCCAAGGCAUUCGGACUGACUUCACAGUGGAAGUGUACGAGUGUCACGCACGCAUCGCCCUUGAAAAAGGAGAUCAUGAGGAGUUCAACCAGUGCCAGACUCAGCUGAAGGCCUUGUACAAGGAUAAUCCCUCAGAGAAUAUUGGCGAGUUUACAGCUUAUAGACUGCUGUAUUACAUGUUUACUAAAAACUCUGGAGAUCAGAUCACCGAGCUGGUGUACUUGACCCCGGCUCUGCGGGCGGAUGAGUGUGUGACUUAUUCUCUUGCACUCCGCGCCGCCUGGGCGCUGGGGAACUACCAUCGUUUCUUUAAGCUCUACCAGGAAGCGCCACGCAUGGCUUCAUAUCUCAUUGACAAGUUUGUAGAAAGAGAGAGAAAGCUCGCUCUUCGGGCCAUAGUCAAAACAUUCAGACCCGACCUUCCUGUUGAAUAUGUGCAGAAAACUCUGGGCUUUCCAUGUUUAGACUCCUGUAUGGCCUUUUUAACUGGGCUAGGUGUUUCAUUCGCCCCCUCAGACCCCAAAAAGAUAGACUGCAAAGCCAGUACAGCCUGCUUGGCUGCUUCUUGAGGGAGGGAAAGAGGGAAGUGGUAGGGUGACCUUGUUGAGGGAGACAGAGGGAUCAGCAUAGAUCCUUACUUUCUUUGCAAAGCCCUUCAGAGUGUAGAAGCAGACAGUAGUAUCCAUAUAGAUACUCACUAGUACACUCAGUCUUUACACAUCCAAUCAAGAGAUUACCUUGUCUUAGAAAACAGCAGAUUAAUAAUAAAAGAAGAAGCAAACACACUAAUCGGGUUGAACAGAGGGGACAGUUUUAUACGUGGGUUUAGAUCAUCUAAGCAUUCACAUCCAGAUCAGGGACCCUCAUGGAUCCUUUCCCUCUCCCCUCACAGAUUUUAGUGCUAACAGUGUUCUGUUAUGUUUUUCCUUCCUCAAGUCAACAGCUUAAAGACCCGAAGAUCCAAGUCUCAAACAGCUCCCCGUCAAGUCGUUCUCUGCCCUCUGGAGCCUGCAGAACCGCCCCGGUGCGGCUGGUUGCUCGCAAAGACUGUGAGAAGAUGGCGGUUCUUUCUCAGGAAGAAGAGCUGGUGGUUUGUAUGUUCCCGUCCGGCGUCCCGUCCGCCUGUGGCGUCGACCUGAAAGAAAAGGACUGAGGCGUGAAUCGCUGCUCCUGAGCUUCUCCUCGGAUGGGUUCUAACACGGCAGCGCUGCAACGAAGUCCCAGUUUGAGGAGCACUGACUUUAUUUCUCAUGAGCGCUCAUCAAGAUUAAGAAGCGGAUCCGAUCGACCACUGGAUAAGGUUCUGCUUCCCUUGGCGUCAGGUAAAAGGUCCCGCCGGCGUCUGGAAUCCAGCACGUCUCCGUUCUGCCGGACCGCAGCGACGAGGCCUUUCUGCAACCAUCGGGACGUUUUAGCAGCCGUUGUUCUACAGAAACGCCGCUACGGAGAAUCCUGACAGGGUCCGCCAAGGAGAACCGACUGGUUUGUAUGCUGCUCUGUGUCUGCAACGCUGGUAAGAAAGAGGAACUUCUGGAAGGAGCUGGAUGGUGGCACAGCCGAGGCGUCUUCGCUCUUUGGUUUUGUUUUCUUCUUCUUUGGACAGCAGUAUUGGCUUUUCUUUCAUAGAAUGGCAGAAGAAUUAUGAAAUGUGUCAGGGUUCAGGGAAAAUUCACAGGUAGAUUUUUUUGCACAGUAAGGGUUCUAAUAUUUAGUAAUGUCAAAAAAAAAAAAAAAAAAACAUUGCAGCACACAUGCACUCUACUGUCUGAGAAGUGCAUAACGUAGUUUGCAAAAUAAGUUUUAAACAGAUGUGGACAGUAAUUUAAGAGUUCAGUGAACGAAGUGCAGAUUAGUACUUUUGCCAAACUCAUUGUUUCUAUGAAAUUUGUAAAAUAAAAUUUUCAACUAAUUAAAAAGUUUAAAAACUUGAACUGUAAAUGGAAGAUCUGUCUAAUUGGAUGUUUUUCACUUUGUCAUGAAAUGUUCAGCAAUAUUUAGGGAGCUUUAUAUUUAUAUAUUUUUGCGUUUUUUACCAUCCAGAAUGCCAGUAGUCACCAGAACUUGCUGAGUUCUGGUGAUGGAGAACUUUGAAGUUCUAAUUGGGUAAAUCUUUGUCUCAUUAUCGUGGUAAAAUGGACCCCAGAACCAAACAUCACAUGUCUUUUGCUGCUUGUCACAUUAUUCUGAAGCUCGUGUCUCCUGCUCUCCUAAAUGGGGAAACUUCCGCUCAGUAUUAUUGAUUAUGGAAUGAUCAGAGCAGACGUUAAACUCGGUGUAUUAGACUUGUACUGCAGCAGGGGUAGAUGCGGGCUUGUUGUACAAGCUCAAUAAGAAAAAUAUUGUAAAUAUGGUCAUAUUUGGAUUUUUGUUUGUUGUUUACUCCUGGGUAAGUUUGAGAGUUCCUUUAUUUUCACAAAUGAUUUAUGCGACUUACUUUCAGAUGUGUGUGGGGUUGGUGGUGGUUGUGCUGCACGUUGUGGCGAUUUUUUAUUUAUUUAUUUUUUUUUUUUUUUUUACUGCAGUGGAUAAGAAAUCAAGAUGUGGGAAAUCAGUAACAAGUGAAUGGGUCGCAAUAAUUUGAUCGUUGUUACUACAGAUAUUUUUAACAAUGAUUUCAACUUGUGUUUUCUUUCCCCCUUCAUCCACCCUCUCCUCUGCCACCCCCCUCCCCCCAUCCCUCCUCCUCCUCCCGCUCCCCGUUCCCACGCACCGCCACGCCUCUCGUUCUUCAGCUCGUAGCGCUGCUGCUGCUGCUGCUGCAUUGCAGGAGCACACGGAGUGAGGAAGUGGGUGCACCUCCUCCAGACGGCUGCCGGAGAGAGUGAAGCUGUGAGCAAGUCCUGAUUUGACCUGCCCACACUGCAGCCAUGCAGCUGGUUGAAAACAAGGGAGCCUUUCCUAUCGAAAUGUAUAAACAUGCCCUGCUGCUGAUGUGGUUCUUUGCUGCUAAUCCAAAUAUUUAAGAUGUUGGGUUUUAGUUUUAAAGAUGAUGACCUGUGAAUGAUCCUGUCCUGAUGGUUUCUGUUUGUCCAGGUGCAUUUGCUCUUGUUUGCUUAAUCUGUGUACAAUUACUGGUUUAAUUUUCCUUUUUUUUUUUUUUUUUUUUUUUUUGUUAAGAUCGAUAGUUAAGUUUGAAGUCUAAUUGAGAUCCCUCAUCUAAAAUGUGUCUGGACAUGCAGAACGUUGAUUUCUAAGUUUAGGUUUCUGAAAUGUGCUCAUAGGAUAAGAAACGACUUUCAUCUGUAACGUUUGAUGUAAAGUUUCUACACAGGUUUCACUUGUGCAGAUCUAAGGCUCAGUCUAAAGAGAACCCAUCCCUUGAUGACUAACUGAACACAUUUUCAUUUAUUUUUUUUCUAGUCAGUCAUGUUCAUAUUUUCGUUUUUUUUUUUUUUUUUUCCUUGUUUGCUCUUUUGUUACUGUAUUCCUUCAUGAACUCCUUACUUGACCCUUGACACAAAGAUCUCUUCUCCCUCUUGCUUAGUUUUUCAUUUUCUUCCAUUUCUUCCCAGCUGGUCCGUUUAGAUUUAUUUCCUUCCUCUCGUCUUUCACUCUUUUUCUCACCCCUGCAUGAAACUCUCUCCUCACUGAACGUCUAACCAGUAUUUCUCUCGUCAUUCUUCUCCUUUUUUAUGUCGAAUUUGUUUGUGAGCAUUUGCUGUGUGCAACUUGUCACCCUGACUAGUAAGUAUUGUAUGACAUCUGCAGUGCUUUAAUAGUUUAUGUUGCAGCGCACUAACAAGCUGGAGGUUUAUCUGCAAAGCCCCUCUCCCCAUUUCCCCACUCCUAUACAGAUCUGAGAACGUUGCCGUUUUGUAUAUAUUAUGUAAAUCAUUUUUGAAAUAAUAAAAGUAAAGAAUAAAGGGUA